AUGAAGAUUAAGACUGAACUUCUCGUCCAACCUUCAGGGGAGAUAUGGAAGAUGACCAGGGCGGAACUGAACGAAGAUGUCGCAACCAGGGAUAAAGACUUGGCGACCAUCAAAGAGUGGCUGAGAAAGCAACCUCACUUACCUGACGAAUGGGAGGAUGGACCAUUGAUGACUUUCCUGCGAGGCAGCAGCUACUCUCUGGAGAAAUGCAAAAGGAAACUAGACAUGUACUUCACGAUGAGAGCGGCCUGUCCUGAGUUCUUCGCUAACAGAGAUCCGACUAGCCCUGAACUUGACAACGUGUUUACUUCUAAAGUGCAAGGGCCACCACUUUCCGGUUUGACACCGAAUGGAAGAAGAGUCACCAUAUGCAGAGGUGUCCACCCAAAUUUGAGCACAAUGGAAAUCAUAGACACGUUAAAACUGGCCUUGAUGAUUGGAGACGUACGUCUCACCGAGGAACGGGAGGGAGUAGCCGGGGACAUUUAUGUCCUUGACGCUGCGGUACUGGGACCUAGUCUACUAGCGAAGUUGUCUCCUGCUACCAUUAAGAAGUUCAUGAUAUGUAUACAGGAAGCGUAUCCGGUCAAGUUGAAGGAGAUCCACAUUAUAAACACUUCACCCAUCGUCGAAAGAUUUGUUAACUUCGUAAAACCUUUCCUUAAGGAAAAAAUUAGGAAAAGGAUAUUCAUACACAAAGAUGUCAAGGACCUAUACAAAUACGUACCACAAGAUAUGCUACCGAUAGAAUAUGGCGGCCCAUGCAGUACUAUGGAUGACCUACAAGAGCAAUGGAAGUGUAAAUUGCAUGAGUACCGGGACUGGUUCGCUGCACAAGAGUCUAUAAAGGCGGACGAGUCACGGAGACCGGGCCGCCCUACCAACUACGACGAGCUGUUCGGCAUCGAUGGCUCCUUCAGACAGCUCGCCAUCGAUUGAUAACUAUAAUUUAAGUAAACUAUUAGUUAAGGGAAACGACGCGUCUAAAUUCUUAUUCAUGCUGGAGUCUACGACUAUAAAAUAUGAUUCCGAUUUUACGACUGUAAAAUCGGAAUCAUAUUUUGCUCGCUCCGUCAUGCCCUGCUUGGAUCGGCUUUAUGUAUUUUGUAUUGGCACAUAUAUUUUAAUAAUACUAGUAGUAUAGCACAGAUUGUACUGGAUAUUUUUUAUCAAUGCACUUUUUAAAAUUUUAGUAUUAUAAAAGAUAAUUGUAAACUGUCAACGAAAAACGUAUAUAGACUUCUUUAUUUUAAUUUAAGUAGGUUAAAAAAAAAGAAAACUAUGUUAAUAUAACAUUACGUAACGAAAAUUAAUUUUUAUGCUAUAACUAUAAAUUUUUUCUUGAAUUAAGCCCAUUCCGCUAUCGUGAAAAUAUAAAAUACGGAGUACCUUUACCGUGGCGCCACCUGGCGUUUAAAAUUAUGUCGAUGAAAGGUCACGUGGAUAAAUUGUGUGCAGCGCAUAAAUAUCCUCAUAGCUAGUAAAACUCAACUCUCAGUACCUCUUCGGAUACAGGACGUGAUCCCCGAGCAUUCUAUAUAACUUAUCUGUCUCACAUUUCUUUUAUUUGUAUAGCCAUUUUUUUAUACUUAAACGCAAUGUGCGGUCCCUUGCCCCGCGUGACUAAUCGACAAGCUGAUUAUCGAAACAGUACAGUUCGUUGAAAACAUUAGAAUAAUGUGUCAAGCGAAAUAAAAAGUCUAUAAUAUGGUCGUUGUAAAAUAAGUGGAGACAAGAUACUGAUAUGGUAAUUGAUAUCGUACCUACUGUUAGCACUGUUAAAUAGAAGUUUUUUUUUCUAAAUGAUAAGUUAAAAAGCUCUCUUAUUGUAGGUAUAACUAAAGAAAGGUUCUCGCUUAAUGUCGGCAAUAUCAUUGGAUAUUUAACGUCUUAACUGAAUUACACGUCACCAAAGUAAACGCUCCAAAAACAUAAUCGAUAUUGUGAUUAGUUAAAGUAUAUCUUUAUACAAACACGGUGUAAAUGAAUUCGUGUAUUCUUCAGUUAUACAAUCAAUAAAAGAGCAAAUAAAUAAAUAGUUCAAGAAUUUAAAAAAUAUCAAAUUGGAACAUCAUCUCCAUUUGCCGCACAAUGGAAAUUAAGGCAAAAAGUUUAAAUCGUUAUAUUAUACUCUGUAAAAUUACAUUAUUUUGCACAAUUAUCAAGUUUCAAAAAUUGUGAUAACGUUAACUAAUGAAUCUAAUUUAGAUAAAAGCUGAUAUAAGAGGCUUUCGCUAUUGCAAUAUUAGAUCUUUGUUUUAUAUUUGUCAAUUAUAUUAAAAAGUAUUAACAAAAUUCAAUAAAAUUAAAAUAGGUACACUAUUAAAUAAUAUUUACUCUUUGUGUUGAAUUCUCUUUAUCGCGAUGAAAUAUAACGUGAGAACUAGCUCUCAGGCAGCUUAUGGAAAGUAUAGUGAGGCGUCACUACUAUAUCGACAAUAAUAAACUUGAGAGAGACUAAAAUAUAUCUCACUAGUUCUAGGUAAGUUCACUCAGUAAGUGACUCACUGUGACUAGCAGUGAGCUAAGGACGCUUCCCGAUUUACGCUUAGGGUUUAUGAAUAUACUUAUUAUUAUAUACCAUCAUAAUAGUAAAGAAGUAAGUCUAAGCACGUAUUACUGUAACUUUCUGUGCCAAAGUGCAAUAAGCACAAGUAAUAGACUUUUUUUAUAAAGUGCAAUGUGAGUGUGGUGAGCAAGAAUAAAGUAAUAAUUAGCAUAGCAGAAAGUUCAUAUUUUGAUGUAAUAAGAAAAGGAAUCAUUAAUUGUCAAUAGAUAAAACAUUCGAAAAUAUUUGUUUACGAUGUUUACUAGUGCUGCCACCUACGUCGAUUUUUUAAAGAAACGAAGAGUAUGAACUACAUAUUCAAAAAUGCAAUACCCUACAUUCUAAUUCGAUUUAAUGGAUAACCAUUUCGUAGUUAUAAAUUCACUAUCCUUACUUGCCAGACUAAGCUUAUUUUAGAAUUUAAGUACUGUGAUGGCUUUGUUACAAUUGUAACACGAGAUUUAAUUGAUUAAAAAUAUAAAUAUUUC